AUGCGGCAUAUACGUCUUCGAUUACGUUUCACGAUAUUUCUCAUUCUGGCUACAUUAACAAUAUCUUUUUUAAUAACACUUUAUACAUUAAUAUGGUCAACUCAUGAGUUCGAACGACAAGAACAAAUUCGAGAUACACCAAAAUCACCCGGUGCUGUGCCAUUUUGGUCAGCUAUUAGUCAUCAAAAUAUAUAUGAUUUAUAUGCACAACCACCUAAUACAAUAUUUAAGCGUCAAACAAAUAUCACUCAAGGUCGUAUUGAAGAACUUUUUCAAUUAGUACGUCAUGCACGAACUGAUCAAACUCAUGUAGUUGAUAUAGAAAAAUUAUAUCCUAUUGAUUCAAAAUGGAAUUUUCAAAAGUUACUUGAAGAACAACAAGCACGAGAACAAGAUGAUAAAAAUGCUGAUACAGCUGAUUCAACAACAAAUGUAACAAAACCAACAAUUCAACCAGAUUCAAUAACAAUAGAAAAAACUAUGAAUGAACAUGAUCAAAUACAAUUAAGAAAUUAUAUACAUCAAGUGUUAGCUAAAUGGAAAACAGAACAUCAAAAUGAUAAAAUCGUUACUAUAGCAGAUCUUAUGCAUGAUGAAAUUGAACAUGAUGAACCAUUGAGACUGAACACAUCAUGGUAUAAAUAUAUGAAAACAGCAACUAAUUUACGUGUUUAUGAUCCACAUAGUCGAGAACUUAAACGUCUUUUAAAUCAUUUACAAAAUGCUGAAGUUAUUGAAGCGAGUGAAAUGUCACAAGGCACACAGAUUAAAAUUAUUCUAGAUUUGCCAGAUGGUUUUGAAGCACUCUUUAAACCAUACAGAGUACCGCGUAAUUAUCAAACAUUACCAGAUCAUUUCUAUUUCAGUGAUGUUGAAAGACAUCAUGCUGAAAUAGCUGCAUUUCAUUUAGACAAAGUUCUUGGUUUUUAUCGUGUUCCACCACUAGUUGGACGAUUAAUUGAUAUAACUCGAGAUAUUCGUGAAAAAGCAACAGACGAAUUAGCUAAAACAUUUUUUAUUUCACCUGCAAAUAAUACGUGCUUCCGUGGUCAUUGUUCCUAUUAUUGUGAUACAUCUCAUGCUGUUUGUGGCAAACCAGGUGAUCGAUUAGAAGGUUCCGUUCAAAUUCUUUUACCACGACCACCUGAACUUGAUUGGGCAAAAAUUACUCAUCCAUAUCGUCGUUCAUAUAGUGCUGUCAAAAAAGCUAAAUGGGAAUCGAAUGAAAAUUAUUGUUAUGAACAUGUUUUUUUGGAUGAGGAGUUUCAUAAUCGUCUAUUACUUGACAUGAUGGAUUUAUCAGCAUUUGACUUUCUCAUUGGUAAUAUGGAUCGUCAUCAUAUGAUGCGAAUUAGUUCUUUUGGCGAUAAUACAGCUUUACUUCAUUUGGAUAAUGGUAGAAGUUUUGGUCGAUAUGAUCAUGAUGACUUAUCAAUAUUAACACCCAUUCGUCAUUGUUGUCUUUUUCGUUAUUCAACAUUUGCUCGAUUAUAUCGUGUUUAUCGUCAAGGUCUUUCAACAUUAUUAGCUCGUUCAUUAGAAAAUGGUGAAAAAUUACAAAAGAUUCUUGUUGAUGAACAUCUCAUUGCUAUUGAUCGACGUUUAGAAAUUCUUUUUGAGCAUUUAGAUACUUGUAUUAAAACUUAUACAGUGAAAGGAGUAAUGAUAGAUGAUGGGAUAGAUUAA